AUGAAACCAGGCCCACUCGAUAUGGGCUAUGGCCGACCUCUCGAGUUCACUUUGUCGGUCGUCGUGAGAACUAAUCCAAGCCCGCUUGACUUUCAAUUCGCCGCCGAUACCCUCGUCUCACAAUGGCCUGUACUUAACCUGCGAAUGGACCCGUUGAAAACAAAAUUCUUGGACCCAAAAGACCCCGGUGACCUGGCCGAGGUAUGGGAAGGAAGAACUCUUAAACAAGAACUGAGCGAGAUUUUCGACAUUUCCUCUGAACCGGACUCACCACAACUGAUUGACUCCGAGGGACUCGAUGAGGUAUUAAACUUCGGGUAUGGAAUCUCGCACGCAUGGAAGCAGCGAGUCUUCUCCAUACGAACAGUAUUCUUGCUCGAUGCCUGCAUAAUAGGGUUCAAGUUUCUGCAGCCCCUUUGCGAUGCAAAUGGCGCCCAUCAAAUAGUUCAGGCUUAUUGCAGCCUGCUUAGGGGGGAGCGAAUUACCCACACCCUCCAUGGCCGACCACCCUUGUUCCUGAAGUCAGAAGUGCUGGAAAAAUGCAUUGAGAAGAUUCAGUAUCAUCAGAUCGCAGACCUGCACAAACAUUCGAUGCGUCGGACCUGGGUAGCCGGAAUCGGGGCUCUCGGGAAACAGAUCGGGCGGGAUAUAUGCUAUCCUUCUGCGAGACGGGUCAGCAAGACCUUGUUUAUCCCCCGAGGACAAAUCCAGAACUGGCUGAAAGAGGCCGAAAGUAUAAAGGCUAAAGUGACUGAGCAUGAUCUCGUGUUAGCUUUUAUCUACAGUGCUGCUUUGCAUCCACCUACUGCCCACAGGUUCGGCCUAGUCAUCGAUAUCUCAAAACAACUGCAGUCCGAGGCAAACCUGUACAACCCCUGGUACAUGAUGCCCCUGCCAGAUCCAAUACCAUCAAGCGAAUAUAACACUCCUUCAUUGGUUCGACUCGCAACGCACAUCCGACGGGCGGUUCACGAGGGCCAGCAACCAGAAUGCAUCGGGGAGAUCGUCAAUCAGCACAAGAGCCUAAAGAAGAGCCCCAUGGUUCCAAAAUCAUACGGCAGCCGAGCGGCUCAACCGCGCAUCGCUUCUUGGAAAAGCCUGCCGUUAUAUGAUCUCGAUGUCCAAGGUGAAACUCCGCUAUUUGUACAGGGCAGUGUUGACUACUGCGGACUUCUGCGCGAGACCAAAGCUCGCUUGGAUGAUUUGUUGGUGACGUGGAAAGCGCAGAGCCCAGAUGGGGAGGAUGGUGGUUAUUGGGUUCAUGGAAGACUGCCUGAAGGUGUUUGGAGGCGUAUGGCAGAUGAUCUGGACUGUUGA